AUGAUAAGUGAUUUUGAAUGUAUGCAGAACCCAACUUUGAUUUCACGUUUCUUUUCACUUUCAGGCAUUGAAAAUGUACCUCAAGUUGUCAGUUUUUGGAAAUGGGGUGCUGUAAUUCUUCUACUUUUUGCAACUCUUAGAAGCUUAAUCAAGGGAAUCAAGCUCAUUUUUAUUCAUUUCUAUUCACUAAUCAAGCGUUCUCCACACCUUUCUAUUGGCACUGGAGAUUUUGAGUUUAGUGAAAGCGAUGAUUGUUCCUCGAUUUCUUCAGCAGAAGAAGAGGAGGAAGAUAUUCAAACAACUUCGUUUUCAGAUCAACGGAAAAUUAAUGAAGAAUUUUGUGUAAAGGGGUGGCAAAAUGGUAAUUUGAGGCACCGUAGGCGGUGGAGCAGCGGCGGUGAAAGGUUUGCGUGGUCGGAAUUUACUUCCGGCAAAAAUGUUGUAAAACUUUGGGAUAGUUUAGGUUUAGGCUUGAAUUUUGUCGAAGAUAAUGACAAUAUUAACUCUAAAAGCAUCGUUUCUAUAUGGAAUUUUGAUAAUGAAGAGAAAAAUGGAAAUAAUUUUGGCCGGAGUCGGAAAAUCCCGGCACUGGCGAUGGCAUCUCCGGCUGUGGUUUUGACGGCAGAGGGGAACGGAAAGAGGGACUCCGUCGUUUUGGGUGCCUAUGACACGAGAAUGCCACGAGAGACUCCGGCUAUAUAUGCCGAAUGGGGCCCAACAACCGCUGCGGCUACUGUCUCCGACGGCGGAGUUGAAAUGGUUUAUCUAAAAAACGGCGUUAGUGGUGCGUUAACGGUUGGUGACCUGAGGAAAUUGAAGACUCCUAUUGAGAAAGUGAAGGAAUCUGACGGCGAAACGUGGUGGGACGCAGACGACGUUACCGUGGAGGACGAGUUUGAGCUGGUUGACUAG